GCCUGAUGACCCGUAAAAUCCCGACCUUCCUUUCUCGAUUCCAGUGAAGGAAAUGAUGAUGGGCAGACUGACAGCGACGUAAAUUCCACCACAACGGUGCAAAGUGAAAUCCAAUCCACACUUCCACUUUUGAGAGUGCAACGGAAUAGGAUUGGAUUGUCAGAUUUUCACUUGGUUGCCCCAACUUACAAUUGUCGAGUGCUGAAGCGUAUUCGAAAAAUAAAACGUUGAUCGAGUUCUUCAGUCUCAACAACUGGACCGUUUUCACCAGUUUUAUUCACCAAUUCAUUUUGCCACUUAAUGACGUAAAUGAUAAGAUGCUCAGUAUAAAGUUCUACACUGCCAUCUGUCUGUUAAUAUCUUUAAUAGUAUCUGCGGUCAGCGACUGCCCAUUUCCAAAGAAGAAGUUAGCAAACGGUCGUUACCUUUAUGAGUCUCCUCACCAUGUGAAUUUGACAGUAGCUCCUGAAAAUUAUCUCUUACGAUUUCGAUGCUUUCCGGGAUUCACCAUGAAAGGAUCGAAGACCAUCGUUUGCAUCUCCAACCAAUGGACGGACAAGGUUCCCAGCUGUUUGAAAAUGAAAUGCGUGGAUCCUCCGACAGUUCCGAAGGCCAGUUAUACAUUGAACAGCGGCCCAAACAAUCUCCUCACUAUAGGAACCACAGCAACUUACACAUGCGAUCCUGGAUACGAACUUGAUAACUCCUCAGAUUCCGUCCUCACUUGCACUCUCUACUCAGACAUCAAUGCUGUACAGUGGAAAGGCGCAACGCCGAGGUGCAUUGAGAAAGAAAGUUGCCCAGAUCCUGGUGUAUCACCGGAUGGAACAAAAAGUGGAAAUUGUUGUUUCAUUGGAGAUGUUCUAGAAUUUUCAUGCAACGACGAAUUUGAGCUCGUCGGAGAACACAAAAUAGAAUGCCUGCCGGGUGGAAGUUGGAGUGCGCCCAGACCUCUUUGCAAGCCUGACGAAGACCACUGUGAACUGCCUCCAGUCAUUCCCCAUGGGGUGGCCAAAGGCAACAAAGAAGGUGACUACUACCGCCCUUACGAUGAUGUUGAAGUAAUUUGUCAACCCGGCUACCGUUACAGUGGGUCCACGAAUUUCAUAAUGUGCGAGGAAGAAACCGGUUGGGAGGAAGAGUUUGAAGAAUGCGUAGAAUCCUUCUGCGAUCCACCAGAGCCCUUAGCAAACGGAACCAUCCCAGAAAUUGAAUCCAGUAACAUGACAGUGUAUCCUUUCAACUUUGAGCUAACCUAUAUUUGUAACAAAGGGUUUCGACUUAUUGGAGAUAGUUGGAGAUUCUGUGACACCAGAGGGUGGUCCGGAAAAUCUCCAACUUGCGAAGCUAUCCAUUGCCCUGAUCCCGGAGUCCCAGAGCAUGGUACAAGAAUAGGAAAUUCAUUCGAAAUAGGUGACAAAGUGACAUUCAAAUGCUUCACUAAUUACGAACUCAUUGGAUCCUUCGAAAGAUAUUGUAUGCCAAAUGGACAGUGGAACAACGAAUUGGCGAGAUGUGACCAUUCAAGUAACUACUGUCCUGACCCUGGGAUCCCUAUCAAUGGAGGAAGGAACAGCAGUAGCUAUGAGAUGGGAGACAUAGUUGGUUUCAGUUGCUACGGUGGACACAUUUUAAUAGGAUCAGAAGUCAGAGAGUGCUUGCCUAACAGAAAGUGGUCUGGAGAAGAAGCAAAAUGUCUAGGUCCUUAUGAUUUUGAUAACAGCGCCAAAAUUGGCGAUAUCUUAAAAGAGGCAAUAGCUGAGAAGGAGGCGGAGCAGAAACGGAAAUUGCAGGAAUAUCAUAAAGCUCUAAUGGAAACUUGGCACAACGGGACCAGAGUCAUGCCCAUAGGACGGGUGCUAGACAUCAAUUUCCCAGGAAGACUCAUCUUUUACUUCGCCUUCGAUGUCUCUGGGAGCGUCAAAGAAGGAAAUUUUAGAAAGAGCGUCGAGUUUGCGAAGGCCAUUACUAAAAAAGUAGGUAUUUCCAAAAAUGGAGCCAGAGUUGGUGCACUGACUUUCAGUUCUAACGCAGAAACUCAAUUUUUACCACUUCAGUAUGAAACGACAGAAGAUGUUCUAGCGGCUUUUGACAGAUUGAAUUUUACAGGAGGAGGAACUGCUGCAAAUACUGCCUUAACUCACAUACGUCAAGAAUUGAUACCUCUAACUCAAAAAUGGCUUUCGAAAAAAGGAAUGAAAUCCAUCAUAUUCAUUCUUACAGAUGGCAAAGCGAAUAUGGGAGGUGAUCCAAAAGAAGAAGCAGAACUUCUCAAGCAAGCUGGCGUGGAAAUCUAUUGCAUCGGUGUCACAAAUUCAGUUCUUCAAGACUCACUCUACAAGAUAGCCUCAGAUCCUAAAGAAGAACAUGUGUUUAUCCUGCAAAAUUAUGCAACACUGGCUUUCUUAAUUGAAGAAAUCACUAAUGGAACUGUAGAUUAUUCGAAAUGUGGUCUGGGCUUAGAAAAGUUGGCAGGUCGAGGAAGAAUUGUUGGUGGCGGCCAGGCUACUGAUCCUUGGCCUUGGAUGGCAGCCUUAUAUUUUGUUGGACCAGGGUUGCAACCAGAAUUUCAAUGUGGUGGCUCUAUUAUACAUGAAAGUUUUAUAUUAACCGCAGCUCACUGUUUGUUUAAGAAGAAUAUGAAGAGAGAAGAAAAAGACAUAAUAGUUAAAUUAGGUUUGACUGAUGUGAAAAAUCAAUCAUCUUUGCAAGAAUUUGAAGUUAAGAAAAUCAUUGUCCAUCCAGGCUACCGGAAUGGAAAGAUCUUUGAUUACGAUAUCGCUUUGCUUCAGCUGAAAAGGCCAAUGGAAUAUACCGACUUAAUUCGACCAAUAUGUUUGCCACCUCGAGAAUUACCACUUGAUACAAGUCUCUACAAACCAGGGGAAAGUGUAAUAGCUAUAGGCUGGGGACAUACAGGCAUCGUAAAUGUAAUGGAACACGUUGACAUCCAACCUGUUGAUCAGUUGAAGGAAAUAGUACUUCCCAUCCAGCCGGAGGAAAGGUGUCGAAGGGUUGUACUUGAUAGAAAUUUACCUGAAAACGCUUUUACUGAACGCAUGUUUUGUGCCGGAGAUGGAAGAGGUAAGAAUGACACCUGCCAGGGGGACAGCGGAGGACCAUUGAUGCAGUCCGGAUUAAAUGAAGAUGGAUACACUUACUAUACUCAAGUUGGAAUUGUCAGUUGGGGUGUAGGAUGUGGAUUAGAGAACACAUACGGAUACUAUACGCGUGUUCAAAAGUUGGUGGAUUGGGUUACCAGCUACAUUCCUUCAAAAAAUUGAAGUUUUCUUCUAUACAUUAUUUGCAGUGAUUGAAUAAAAGGAUUUUUUUUUCA